AUGAAUACAUAUUUUUUUUUACUUUUCCUUAUUACAUUCUUUUAUUAUAAAAAUGUAGAAUGUGUAAGAAAAAAAGAAUUGCACGAAAAAUAUAAAACCCUUAGUUUUAUCAAUAGUUAUAAUAAUAAUGAGAUAUAUAAUGGUUUAUCAAGAAAAGCACAAAAAAAAAUAAUUGGUAGUAAUAAUUUUAAGGUUCAUUUAUAUAAUAAGCAAAAUAUAUUAUAUGAAAUAAAAAAGAAAAUAAUAUCUUUUGAAUAUGAACAAUUAAAAAUUGCUUUAAAAGGUAUUAUUGGUUUAUUUAAUAUAUUUGGAUUUAUGCUUUUAUUAAAUCAUUAUAAUUUUAUAAAUGAGACACAUGCAAAAUCUUUAAUAGAAAUAACAGAUAAGAUUAAUAGCAAAAUAUUUUUAUUUAAUACAAUAAAUGAUGUUAUAAGAAAAAUACCAGAAGAAUUACAUACAUUUUUAAAGGUUUCUUUAUUUGCUCUAGCUCAUUUCUCUUUUCAGUUAAUUAUAUCUAAUAUAAGUUCUUAUGCUUUUUCUUUAUUUAGAUCACAAGACAUUAACAAUGAUUACAGUCAAUAUAAAUUAAAAAAUAUAAAUGAAGAUUAUAAAGAAGAAUUAAAAAAAGAAGAAAAACCAAAUUUACAUUCAAAUUAUAAUUUAAAGGAUAUAUUAAAAAGAAAAAUGUUGAAAAGCAUGUGUAUAUUAAAUCAUACAGGUUUUAUACCUAUGUAUAUGUUCAAUUAUAUUUUAAAAAAAUUUAAUUUAAUAGAUAAUAAUAUUACCAUAUUUAUAAAUCUAUAUCAUUUAUUAUAUAGUAUGAUGUCUAAGAUAUAUAUUCAUUUUUUUAUUAAUAAUAAAGAAAAUAUUAUUUUAUCAUUUAAUAAAAUAAAAUAUAUAGAUUUAAUAAAAAAUGUAUUUUUCAACACAUAUUCUUUUUUUAUAUAUAUAUCUUUAUUUUUAAAAUAUUUUAAAAAUGUAUAUACAAUAUAUGAAGCAUAUUACAAGCCUAUAUUAACAACAUUUCAUAGUAUAUUAAUACCUUCUAUAUUGAUAAUAUUAUCUAAUAUAUUAUAUCAGACAUAUAAAGUAAAUACACAUUUUUCAUUUAAGGAUUUAUUUUAUGUCCUCAAGAAUAAAUAUUUUAUAUACCCUUCAGCGAUGUAUGCUUUUUUGUGUUUAAAUAAGCGCUACAAUGUAGUGAAGAUAAAUAAGGGUUUACAACUCUUCUUCCUCAUACAAUCGUUAACACCUCCAAAUUAUAACAUACACUUUUUAAAUGUAAGAAAAAAAAAAAAAAAAAAAAAAAAAAAAAAAUAA